CAACGGGCAUGACCCGACAGUGGUUCCGGGGGAAGGGUCACUUCCGGCGGUGGCAGUAGGCCGAUUGCGCGGGUGAUUUGUUUGGAAAGGAGCUGUUCACGCUUUUAACUUAUCGACAUGGCGCAUUGGAAUAAGUUCGAGAAGGAUUUGAAGAAGUUGAUACAGUACAUUAGCGGGGUCCCGGAGGAGGACCCUGAUUUCCAGUUGGCGCUGCAGUUCACUUGGUCUAACGUCAGAUUCCAUCGAUUUCUUGACGUAGACAGUCAGAAAAUAACGCGUGUGAUUGAUGGAAUCCACGAAAAACUGAUUAUUCAUUCAGAACUCCCUAAAGCUAUAAGCUGGCGGAGGUUAACAGAUGAAUUUCUGGAUUUGCCCCUUGAGACUGUCGAAGGAACAAAGACGAAGGAACACUAUGCAAUACUGUCCUUUUUAUUGGCCCUUUCUGACUCACCAUCUAAUUGUCAGUACACUGAGAAGGCAAGACAGAAGGAAGAGGUGCAACAUGAUGAUUUUGACUGGGGGAAAUACCUGAUGGAAGGUGAAGAAAUUGACAUUGGCCCAUAUCCAGACACUCCAGAGUGGUCUGAAGAAGAAAAUGAAGAGGAGCUCCAAGAGUCCCUCAGUAGAGAAGAUUCUGGAAUUCAGGUCGACAAAACAUCACCAGAAGAACAAGCACAAAUCAAGAAAGUCGCACCACAUGCCUCUUCCAAGGUUGGUGAACCAGAAGCACGUUUGUGGCUGGAGCAGCAUGUGGUUACUCAGUACUGGACAACUAAAGCGUCUAAAUUUAAUCACAGCUUUCACCUGCACUCCAACUUAGCUGCUGUCUGGGAACAGCACUUGUACAAUACUGAUCCACUAUAUUACUCAGAUGAACGAAUGCUUGUUACAGAAACCCAAGUGAUACGAGAAAUGUUGUGGUUGUUGUCUGGAGUUAAUAAACUUUUCAUGUAUACAUUGCAUGAUGGAAAGAUAUCGGUGAGAACUGACAUCAUGGUUGCUCACCUGACCCAGAGUUGCCUGAGAGCAGUAUUGGAGCAGAUAGCAGCAUAUGGGCAAGUUGUGUUCAGACUGCAAAAGUUCAUGGAUGAGGUUAUUGGACACAGCUCUGAAAGUAGCUCACUUGGAACCUUACCUGCUUCUAAAAAGUUUAAUGAACCCCCUUUUCGGACAUACCAGUCUUUUGUGUGGGCCCUGCAUAAAUACUUUCUAAGCUUCAAGGAGGAACUUGUCAACAUUGAAAAGUGUAUGAUAACUAAAGAUGAGACAGUGACCCUGGCUGCAGUACUUGAGAAACUGGCUCCUCGAUUGUCUCAACUUAAGAUACUUCACAAAGUAUUCAGUACAGGAAUAGCAGAGGUUCCACCUGACACUCCAAAUGUAAUCAGGGCAUCGCACCUGUUGAAUACUCUGUAUAAAGCUAUUAUUGAGUAUGACAGUGUGGGAGAAGCUUCUGAGCAGACAGUAUCACUUCUCUUUUCUCUAUGGGUAGAAACUGUAAGGCCAUAUCUGGAAAUUGUGGAUGAGUGGAUAGUACAUGGAAAUUUGUCUGACCCUGCUAAAGAAUUCAUUAUUCAAAGGAACAAGGAUGUCCCAGUGAAUCACAGGGAUUUCUGGCAUUCUACAUGUACAUUAUACAGCAUAUCUGAAAAAACUGGAGUUGAUGAAAAUGUAGGUGACGGUGCAGGCAGCAGUUGCAGCAUGGAUCAGGAAAAUUCCAGUAAACAGCACACAAUGGUCUCCUUUCUGAAACCAGUGCUAAAGCAAAUUAUUAUGGCUGGCAAAUCAAUGCAGCUGCUUCAGAAUCUGGAAAGCAAAGACAAUCCAGGCCAUCCAGUGCAAAACACUCACCGAGAUGCAGAAAGAAAGAGCUUAUAUGCACUAUUCCUUGAGUCACUUCAGUCCCGUCUUCGGUACAGAGAGGAGACUGAGUCCUGUGAACAUACUGUUCCGGAGCAACAAGCUACUAAAGAAAGCCUGAUCAAAGUGCAGUCUAUUGUGGCUCGGCAUCUUGAACUUGAAGAUAUUCAUGAUCCUUUAUUAGCUAUAAAUUUUGCAAGGUUAUACAUGGAGCAAAGUGAUUUCUAUGAAAGAUUCAUCAGUGGAGAUGUUAACGUGGAUAGGUCCUCUGAAUCAGUGACCUGCCAGACAUUUGAACUUACACUUCGGUCAUGUUUGUAUCCUCACAUUGAGAAACGUUACCUAGAGUGUUGUGGAAAAUUAAUGCAAACUCUAAAGACAGAUUACAAACUGGUGGAAUAUCUUCAAGCUAUGAGGAAUUUCUUCCUGCUGGAAGCUGGAGAGACCAUGUAUGAUUUCUAUGUAGCUAUCUUUGAUAAAAUGAAGGAAAAAGAAUCCUGGCAACGCUUGUCAUUUUUAAAUGCCCGGUUACAAGAGGCUGUUGCACAGCGCUAUCCUGAAGAUAGUUCUCGGUUGUCUGUGUAUUUGGAGAAUAUAGACAUUGUGAAAAAGAGACUUCCAGUUCAUUCCAUUGAUGGUCUUACAUUGAGUUACAAGGUUCCGUGGCCUGUUGAUAUUGUUAUCAGCUCUGAGUGUCAGAAGAUUUAUAAUCAAGUGUUUAUACUUCUGUUGCAAAUUAAAUGGGCCAAAUACAGCCUAGAUGUUCUGCGAUUUGAUGAACCUAUUGAAGCUUAUGAAAAACCACAAACAACUCUAUUUGAGAAUUCCAGUUGGUCAUUUAAAGCAUUGAAGACACCCGUCAGACAGCAAAUUCAUAGGAUGUUUCUGCUUAGAGUUAAACUCAUGCACUUUGUCAACAGCCUGCAUAACUAUAUAAUGACUAGGAUAUUGCAUAGCACAGGUCUGGAGUUUCAGCACCAAAUUGAGGAAGCUAAGGAUUUGGAUCAGCUAAUAAAAAUUCAUUAUCGGUACCUGUCUACAAUCUAUGACCGUUGUUUACUUCGGGAAAAGAUAAGCUUUGUGAAAGAAGCAAUCAUGAAAGUUUUGAAUUUGGUGCUUAUGUUUGCAGAUCGUUGGCAGACUGGUUUAGGAGUUUCAAAAAUUGAGACUAUUGAGAAGAUGGAAUCUGAUUUCAAAAACUGCCACAUGUUUUUGGUAACAGUACUAAACAAAGCUGUUUGUAGAGGAUCAUUUCCUCACUGUAAGUGUACCUACUUUUUUUUUAGUGGUUUGGUUUUGUGUUAAAUGAGAGGAUUUGGCAAGGAUCUAAUGCUUUCGUAAAAGGAGGAGGGGAAUGAGGAAUGACCAAAAAAAAGGAGCAAGCAAAAUAUGUAUGACAGAAAUUUAUUUACUCACUACAUUGCCACUUUGGAACAUCUUCAAUAUACUUGAAAGAAAAUCUGAAGGGACUAGUUUUGGUUUAAAACACUCCAGUGAAGAAAUUAGUCUGUAAUGUUAGU